AUGAUGAAAAACAAUUUAGAUAUAAUAGCUUUACAAGAAAUAAGAUGGAUGAGAUAUGGAGAAAUAAAUAAACCCGAUUUCUCUAUAUAUUACAGCGGGGAUAAUUUUAGAUCUGGAAUGUGCGGCACAGGUUUCAUCGUAAAUAAAAAAAUAAAAAAGGCCGUAAUAGCAUUCACACCGAUCAACAAGAGAAUGUGUAGCAUUAGAGUUAAGGGAAAAUUUAAUAAUAUAACAAUCAUAUCUGUAUAUGCCCCUACAGAGGAAGCAAAUGAUGACGAAAAGGAUGAAUUUUAUGAAGAAUUGAACAAUUUAUGUGAAGGAAUACCUUACUAUGAUGGGAACGGAACAUGGAAGGUUCCAGGAAGAAAUGUAGUGAACCAAAUAGAUCAUGUACUAAUAUCAAAGAGAUGGGCAACAUCAAUAAUUGAUGUGCGAACUUACAGAGGUGCAAAUUGUGACAGCGAUCAUUUUCUGGUCAAAGGAGUAAAAAGAAGAAAAUGGAAUACGGAUAAUUUAAAAAAUGAAGGUACAAAUGAGAAUUUCCGUAAUAUUGUAGAAAGAAGACUUGAAGGUGAAAUAAAUAACGCAAGAAGUAUCGAUGAAGAAUGGGAUCAGAUGGAAAAUGCGAUGAGGAGAACAGCAGAAGAAAUAGUAGGACAAACAAACAGAGCGUAA